CACCAACACGAGAGCGCGAGGCCGAGGGAAGCAAUCUCGGAAGAUGCGGAUCGAGGAGCUGAUCAUCGAUGGCUUCAAGAGCUACCCCGUGCGGACGCACGUCUCAGGGUUUGAUGCGAGCUUCAACGCCAUCACGGGUCUCAACGGCAGCGGCAAGUCCAACAUCCUCGACUCGAUCUGCUUUGUGCUCGGCAUCACGAAUCUGUCGGCGGUGCGCGCGACGAAUCUCCAGGACCUCAUCUACAAGCGUGGCCAGGCUGGCGUCACAAAGGCCUCGGUCACCAUUGUGUUUGACAACACCGACCGGGCGCGGUCGCCUGUGUCGUUUGAAAAUUAUGGCCAGAUUACCGUGACGCGGCAGAUUGCCAUGGGUGGGCUCUCCAAGUACCUCAUCAAUGGCCACAAGGCCACGCAACAGGCCGUCCAGAACAUGUUUCAGUCCGUCCAGCUCAACAUCAACAACCCCAAUUUCUUGAUUAUGCAGGGUAAGAUUACAAAGGUGCUCAACAUGAAGCCCCAGGAGAUCUUGAGCAUGAUCGAGGAGGCGGCGGGCACGCGCAUGUUUGAGGACCGCAAGGAAAAGGCCAUCAAGACGAUGGGCAAGAAGGACCAGAAGGUCAAGGAGAUCUCUUCGCUGCUAGAAGAAGAGAUCACACCCAAGCUCGACAGGCUGCGCGAGGAAAAGAGGUCCUUUCUCGAAUACCAGCGUGCCACGACAGAGCUGGAACGCUUGACCCGCCUGGCAAAGGCAUAUGAAUGGCAGCAGCACCACGCCCGACAUGCUGAAAAGUCCAACGCCGUCGAGACGCGCUCGAGGCAGAUUCAGGAGGCAAAGGAGACGCAAGAGGCUCUCAAGAGGCAAAUGUCGGAAAUCGAAAAGGAGCUCGAGGCAAUUGAGAAGCGACGAGAGAAGGAAAUGACCAAGGGGGGAAAGCUGCAGGAGCUGACGGAGAAGAGCAAGGCGCUGCAGCACGACCUCGUCAAAGCCAAGACACUCCUCGAUCUCAAGGCCGGCUCGCUCGACGAGGAGACCAAGAAGCUUCAGGCUGAUGAGGUCGCCCUCAAUGCACUCGUCACUAGCCGACAAGAGAAGGGCGAGUCGUUGCGAGAGCUGUCCGAGUCCUUUGGCACGCUCAAAGCCGCCUUUGACGGGUCCAAUGAUGCGCUUUCCAAGCAGGAUGAGCUGCUGCAAUCACUCCUGACGGGCAUGGCCUCCAAGGCCAGCGAUGGCGCCCAAGGUGGCUACAUGGGCCAGCUCGCCGAUGCUCGUGCUAGGGAGGCGGCUGCGGGGACCGAGGUGGAACAGGCUAAGCUCCGAAUCGGACAUCUGCAAAAGGAGCUCAAGACGAAAGAGCCGCUGGCCAGGAAAGCUGAAAAGGAAGGCGCUGGCCUGGUCCAAGAGCUCGCAAAUGCUCGAGACGCCGUCGACCAGCUGCAAGGACAGGUCGAGUCGACGGGCUGGGACGAAGGCAAAGAGAGAGCCCUUUCGCAGACGCGCGCCGAGGUGAGCCAGAAGGUAUCUGAGCUCCUGACACGACGCGACGCCAUCAAGAGUCGUCUGGCCGCUCUCGACUUUAGCUACUCGGACCCGGAGCCAAACUUUGAUCGAUCAAAGGUCAAGGGCCUGGUGGCGAGCCUGACAAACCUCGACCAGGACAAGCACAGGUUCUCGACGGCGCUCGAGGUGUGCGCGGGAGGACGACUGUACAAUGUCGUCGUCGAGGAUGAAAGGACGGGUUCGCAGCUGCUGGCCAAUGGCAAGCUCAAGAAGCGAGUGACGCUCAUCCCACUCAACAAGAUCACUGCCACCGUUGCGGCUGCCGAGCGAAUCGGCGCCGCCAAGAAGCUUGCGCCGGGUAAGGUCGACCUGGCGCUCUCGCUCGUUGGCUACGACGACGAGGUGUGCAAGGCCAUGGAAUUCGUCUUUGGCAGCACCCUCAUCUGUGCAGAUGCAGAGACGGCAAAGCGCGUCACUUUUGACGGACAGGUGCAGCUCAAGAGCGUCACGCUGGACGGCGACGUGUACGACCCUGCGGGCACUCUCUCUGGCGGCAGCAAGCCAAACACGGCGGGAGUCUUGGUGCAAAUGCAGGAACUCAACUGGCUCGACAAACAAGUGGCAGAAGCCAAGAGGACGCUGGCGCGGUGUGAUGCCGAAGCCAAAGCGGCCAAGGAUGCCAUUGCCAAGUUCAACAAUGUCAAGAGGCAGCUCGAUCUCAAGAAGCACGAAGUCACGCUCCUUGAGGGACAAGUGAGCGGAAGCAAUGCCACGAGGAUCAUCUCCGAGGUCGCGGCAUGCAAGAAGCAGAUUGAAGAGCUCACUGCUUCCAUCUCCGAGGCCAAAGAGAGGCAGAAGCAGGCAAAGGAGGAGGUCAAGUCGCUCGAGAGGGAAAUGGAGGAGUUCAACUCGAACAAGGACUCGAAGCUCGAGGAGCUCAAGGCCGACAUCAAGAAGCGCAAGGCCGACGUCCAGAAGCAGGGCGCAACCAUCAAGGCUCGGCAGGGCGAGGUGAGGACGCUUGAAUUGGAGCUCGAGGAGAGCGCAAGGGAGAUUGAGGGGGCGUCGAACGACCUUGAAGAGGCCAAGGCUGCCCUGCAGGGGACAAAGUCAGAGCUUGACGAGAUGGAGACAAGCAUUACCGAUCUGCAGCAGCAGGCCGAGGAGACGGAGGCCCAUCUCGCCAAGGAGCGCGAGACAUUGUCGGCGUACGACGACGAGCUCGAGAGCCUGCGGGGUGCCAUCAAGGCCAAGCGUCAGGAAGUAACCGACUGGGACGUCAAGAUCAAGGAGUAUUCGCAUGAGGUAGAACGAGCGCAGCAGGACGUGGCCACUGCUGAAAAGGCGGUCAAGCACCUUGAAGCGCAGUUCGAGUGGAUCGUGACGGAGCAAGACUUCUUUGGAAAGGCAGGCACUGCGUACGACUUUGAGCGGCACAAUAUGCGCGAGGUCGGCAGGACGUGCAAGAAGCUCGAGGAGCAGCAGAGCGGCAUGAAGAAGAAGGUCAAUCCAAAGGUCUUGAAUAUGAUCGACAGCGUCGAGAAGAAGGAGAGCGAACUCAAGACGAUGAUGUCGACGGUGCUCAAGGACAAGGGAAAGAUUGAGGAUACAAUCGAAGAGCUCGACCGGUACAAGAAGGAUGCGCUUCAGACGACGUGGGAAAAGGUCAAUGGCGACUUUGGAGACAUCUUUGGCGAGCUGCUGCCUGGGAACUACGCCAAACUGCAGCCGCCAGAGGGCAUGGACGUGACCCAGGGUCUCGAAGUCAAAGUUCGACUGGGGAGUGUGUGGAAGCAGAGUCUGACAGAGCUCAGCGGUGGCCAAAGAUCGCUCAUUGCCCUGAGUCUUAUCAUGUCGCUCCUCCAAUUCAAGCCCGCGCCGAUGUACAUCCUCGACGAGAUCGACGCUGCUCUCGACCUGUCUCAUACGCAGCACAUUGGCCAGCUCUUCAAGUCCCGCUUCUCGGGAUCCCAGUUCAUUGUCGUAUCGCUGAAGGAGGGCCUUUUCACGAAUGCCAAUGUCCUCUUUCGGGCCCGCUUCCGAGACGGGACGAGUAUCGUGGAACGGACGGCCCAGAAGAGCAUGUCUAGCUCUUCUUCUGCCGACAAGGAGAACCAUCGCACAGCCCUUUCCGGCCAAUCGAGAAAGACAAAGUCGAACCCGAAAGCGGUCGCUGCAACUGCCAGUCCCCUCGACGCGGUCGCAUGAUAGGUCAUCUUCCCCGCUUAUCGUUCCCGUCCUCAAAAUCUACCCCUGUACUAAAACGCUACUGCACCCCAUUGUCGAUGGUCGUCUCCUGUACUCUAUCUAGACUCUCUUCUCUCACGCGAAUCCCGAUGUGAACGUAAUGGCCAUUCCACGGUCCUCUGCAAGACCAAUAUUUGAUCUUCCCAUCGCGAAAUGGGGUCCUUCGAAGCCACAAUAUCGCUAGAGGCAUCACAUCACAUGAUUUAUCAACGAUUCCCGGUGCCAGGAACGGAGCGGGAAGGUGACGAGCCAACGAGCCAAUCCGAAGUUGCACUCCGAGGCAUGUGCAAAUGCUGCUCGAGCUUCACUACACUAGCUUCUAUAGCGCC